AUUGUUUUUCUCAUGCUAUUGGUUUUCUUCCCAAACUGUGAGAUUUUGCCAUGCCGUUCCGCCUUCUACACCCAUCAACCAUUCCCUCUUCAAAAUCUCUCUUUUCACCCUCCCAAGCAAUCUUCGACCCCGUUUUCGUCUGAAAUUCCGUUUCUUCGUUAGGACCUAGAUCCGUUUCUACCUGUUCGGAUAUGAAGAGCCCAAGGAAGAAGAAGAGACCGAAGCCCCCGAAGAAGGCUGAAGAGAAAAAAGGAGCAGAAGGGGUUGUGGAGGGAGAAGAAGAGGAGAGAAAGAAAAGGGUUUUGGAGGCAUUGGUGGACGCUUUCUCGUUGUCUUCAAUAAGGGAAGCUUCCAUAGCGUAUGACAUUGCAGGGUCUGAUCUCCACAGGGCUUCAGAGAUCCUGAGGAAGGGGUUGUCGGAGGAUUCGUUUUCAUGUUGCUCUUCUUCAUGCAGUGGUGGAAGCAGUGGCGGUGGAACUUCUUCUUCUUCGGGGAUGGAAUUGGGGUCGAAGGAGGAGGCGGAACAGAAUUGUGGGGAGGGGUUUGUUGUGGGCGGUUUCAAAGGGGGGAAGCAGAAGAAAAAGGUGGUUGCUUCAACUGGAACUGUUUCAACGGUUUUGGGGAAGGAAUAUGUGAGGAGGAACAAGGGAAGUAACAAAGGGUUUAGUGCUAAUGAUGAAGCUUUUGACAUGGAGAAAGCAGAGCAGUUCCUCUGCUCUAUGCUUGGGGAGGAUUGUGAUCUUAACUUGGCUGUUGUUAGAGACGUUCUUUGUCAGUGCGGAUAUGAUAUUGAAAGGGCCUCAAAUGUAUUGCUUGAUUUAGCUGGAUCUACAGUUGAGAAAUCCAGUACUGGUAGACACCCUAACUACAGAGUAGACAACGUAGAUGAUGGGAGAGUCUUUGUUGACCCCAAUGACAGUUUGAUAGAGAGGAGAUCAGAGUCCACAUCUAUUUCUUCAGAUGGUGAUAUGUCAGAUAAUAUAUGGUCUAUUGGAUCCUUUGGAAGGAAAUAUGCGGAGGUCCUCUCUAAUUCUAUGGUUGAUUCUGGUAUUAGCUCAGAAUGUACGAAGUCUGACAUUCCUCAGAAAGUGUUGGAAUCUUUGUUUAACUUUCCUAAAAGCGCUGAACAUGACAAAGAUAGCAUGAAUUGGAGAAAUGUAGUAAAGAAAAUUCAGUCUUUGGGACCUGGGUUCAAUGUUUCCCCACUUGUUGCAGAAUCUCAGCAACGUACAUAUGCUAAGGGAGAUGAAUAUCAUGUGUUUAGGGAAGAUUCAAACCAGCAGUGGGAUUCAGUGAAAUCUUAUUAUAAGAAAGCUGCAACAGCGUACAGCAAAGGGGAUCGAGCUUAUGCUGCAUAUCUUUCUGAUCAGGGUAAAGAACAAAGUAAACUAGCUCAGAAAGCAGACACUAGGGCCAGCCAUGACAUAUUUAUAGCUAGAAACAAGGGAAUAGAAAACGUGAUAACUAUUGAUUUACAUGGGCAACACGUGAAACAAGCAAUGAAAAUGCUGAAACUCCACCUUCUGUUUGGAUCAUAUGUUCCCUCUGUGCAGAGACUAAGGGUUAUCACAGGAUGUGGAUCACAUGGUUUUGGAAAGUCUAAGCUGAAACAAUCAGUGAUAGACCUUUUGGAGAGAGAAGCAAUUGAAUGGAGGGAAGAGAACCAAGGAACUGUGUUGAUUAAGCUCAGCGGAUGGAGAGAGUAUAGCUUUCUGGACACCAACAGUGACAGUGAUAACACUGAUUGAUUAAACAUGAUGUAUAAGUUAUGUGCAUCAGAUUGUUGUACCAUAUUAGAUCAUUAUCCUGGCCAAAAUAAAUAAAUUAGUGAUGUUACAUUCACAUGUACAUUAUAUGUUAGCCAAGCUAGAUCUUGGGACGUUUUGGUGUAUCAUUGUAUGAGUCAGAAUUGCAUUUCCAGAGUAGGCUAAUUAUUCAGCGGUGUGAAUAUGUAAUCAUAUUUAAUUUAAUUUUCAGGGAUUUUAGAUUCAACUUUGCCCUUUUGAGCUGUUAAACUCAAGAGUUAACAAUUCCAAGUGUAUAAGCUCAAUUGCAAUUUGUGCUGAAUGACAUCGUUUUUUGGUGAA